UAAAAAUUGAUAUAAUGAUAUAAUUAAUAGUAAUAGUUUUUUAUUGAGAAGAAGAGGUAGCCGCAAUUUGUAAGCCGGCCCUGCCAACAGAGGAGCGAAAUGGAGGGCCCUAUACAAAUAUUUACUAUUGAAAGAUAUAGUCACUUGCGGCCCAGAAAACAGGGCGACAAAAGUUUUCUCAUUGAAGAUUGUUUAUAGUAGGGGAUAACGCGAGAAAGUAUCUAUCCAUUCGUCAGUGUUUGUGGCUUGCUUUUAACGAUGAAGUCAUUGAAGUAAUUAACUUCCUCUUAGAUAUCUAAGUUUUUUUUAUAUUUUUAUCUUUAAGUUAGAAAUAGUUUAGCAAACUCCAUUAUCUUUAAAAAGAAACUAAAGCAGAAAUGGAGUGGACACUCUACUAGGCGAUUACAUUGGUUAUCACUUUAUAAAGAGGUGUACACUUUUUCAGAUCUGAAUGAUGACUAUACUUAAUACAAAAUUUGUAUUUCUGUUCUUGUUGAGUUGUGUUUAUUUUUAUGCGAAUUUAUCUCAAUCUGUCUCAUGGUUUGGACCAAAAAAGAUCUACAAAUGUCACUGUGAUAAUGGCUGUGAAAAGAACGGAAGCUGCAGUCAAAAUGGAGUCUGCCAGAAAGGCUGGUUCGGCUUCAAAUGUCAAUAUCAGGACCUGGCAACAAUUGAGAAUGUUAUUCCUAACCCAGAACUAGACAACCUUACAGACAGAAAUGAUUCCACCUGCUUAGACCAGCAAUAUCAAGAAUUAAAUAUAACAUGGAAUAGAACUUAUGUCUUUACCUGGCUACGAAUAGUUGUUAACGACACAACACUGAUACCAUACAUUAAUAUUGAGUUUACCAGUCCGUCACACCCAUCACAAAAUUUAACAUGUGACAAUAAAAGAUUGUAUCUUGUGAACCAGCAAACUCUGGAUAUUAAAUGUGAUGUGACAGGAGAAAUUCAAAGCGUCCUUAUUUCAGGAGCUGGAGUAAAGUCAAUAUGCUCUUUAUAUAUAAAUGGAGAAUAUCAAGAUCGUCUGAAACAUUUUAUUUUGCAAGGAAGAGGACCUGGACCUGAAUACUUUUCUUAUAAUGAUACCUCAGACAGAGGAGAACCAAUAUACACAGUGCUAGACGUUUCGAAAACCAUUGUCUCAAAUGUUACCAUUAUUGCAACAUUUGACUGUUCUGGAAAAUUUGUAACUUUGUGUGAGGUGGAGAUUUAUGGAGGUAUUUGGGUGAAAUAA